UGCGAUGUGUGAACGUGUUGGAGAAUGUGGUGCUUCUAGGGACGGCGGUGACGCACCGUGGACAGCCGUGCGCCGUGUUGUCUCCAGCUGGUUUCUUAAGGUGGAUCUACACGUACUACGACAUGUCGCAUUGUUCCGGUUGAACCACCGCCCCCGCCACCACGGGAUCCCCCGUCGACACGUCGCCGACUCGCCGUCCGUCCCGCCAGCCGUCCUUCCCUUUUACAACUCCACCGAUCAGCGUGAUAACGGUAGGCCCAGCUCCCUGCCUCAAGUGGUUCCAGCUCCCCCUCUCCAGUGGGUUUCCAGUGGGUCCAGCUCCCCCUCUCCAGUGGGUUUCCAGUAGAUCCAGCUCCCCCUCUCCAGUGGGUUUCCAGUGGGUCCAGCUCCCCCUCUCCAGUGGGUUUCCAGUGGGUCCAGCUCCCCCUCUCCAGUGGGUUUCCAGUGGGUCCAGCUCCCCCUCUCCAGUGGGUUUCCAGUAGGUCCAGCUCCCCCUCUCCAGUGGGUUUCCAGUAGGUCAAGCCCUCCCUUCCAUCGGGUGCCCUCUUCUCUUGCGGGUCCUCUCCCCACCUGCAGUGGGUCUCCAGUGGGUCCAUUUCCCUCCGCCAGCGGCCGGCAGCACCCCCCUCGAGGCCAUCAUGAACGUGGGCACGGCACACAGCGAGGUCAACCCCAACACGCGGGUGAUGAGCAGCCGGGGCAUGUGGCUCUCCUACCUGCUGUGCAUCGGCCUGCUGCACGUCAUCCUGCUCAGCAUCCCCAUCGUCAGCGUGCCGGUGGUCUGGACCCUCACCAACCUCAUCCACAACCUGUGCAUGUACCUGCUGCUCCACACCGUGAAGGGUACCCCGUUCGAGACUCCGGACCAGGGCAAGGCGCGGCUCCUCACCCACUGGGAGCAGAUGGACUACGGCCUGCAGUUCACCGCCUCACGCAAGUUCCUCACCAUCACCCCCAUCAUCCUCUACAUCCUCACCAGCUUCUACACCAAAUACGACCGCGCCCACUUCGUGGUCAACACCGUGUCGCUGCUCGUCGUGCUCAUCCCCAAACUGCCCCAGCUUCACGGGGUCCGCAUCUUCGGGAUUAACAAGUACUGACCCCCGCCGACCCCUCCGCACCCACCCCACCCCACCCCUCCACCGCCACCACCACCACCACCACCACCAGUUCCUCUGGCUGGCAGGGUGUUGGGUCCUACUGGGUUGAGCGGUGGUUUGGCCCGGGAGGAACCCUAAAAUGAACCACCGCGGCCCUCUGAAGAACGGAGCCCCCACCCCACACACACACACCAAGGGCCCCCCCCAGGGAGUGAGGGGAGUCAUGGAACUCACGGCACGCUCGACCUGAAUCUCCUAGGGGGGGGGGGGGGGGGUCUGAACUCCCCGGAGUGGAACGCCUUUCGAACGUGCCGGGAAAGUGGAGGCGACUGAAAGGGGCGGUGGUGUUUCCGCCUGACGGAGGGAGCGGUGGUUUGUUUCGGGUGGUGUCCGGGGAGGGGUACGGGCCCGCUCUGACCCUACGGCCCAGCUCUGUCCCUGGACGGCAGCGAUGACACCACAGACCUACGGUACCUUAGGAGGGUCGUUUUUACGCCGUCGAUCGCUGCCUUACUUUUAUUCAGCUUUACUCGUCCCAGGCCCUGUCUCCCUGUACCACGGUCUCUCUGUCUCUCUGUCUCCCUGUACCACGUUCUCUCUGUCUCCCUCUCCUCCUGUCCCCCCGUCUCCCUCUCUUGCUUUCUUCCUGUCUCCCUGUCGUCCUGUCCCUCUGUCUCCCUCUCUUCCUAUCACCCUGUCCCUAUGUCUCCCUGUCUCCCUCUCUUCCUGUCUCCCUCUCUUCCUGUGUCUCUGUCUCCCUCUCUUCCUGUCUCCCUCUCUUCCUGUCUCCCUGUCCCCCUGACUCCCUGCUUGGUUUCCUUAGUGCAUUCCAGAGACUCUCUGCUGUGACAUCAGAGCCGUGACAUCAGAGCCGUGACGUCAGAGCCGUGAUGUCAGAGCGUGUGAUGUCAGAGCCGUGACAUCAGAGCCGUGACAUCAGAGCCGUGACAUCAGAGCCGUGACGUCAGAGCCGUGACGUCAGAGCCGUGACGUCAGAGCGUGUGAUGUCAGAGCCGUGAUGUCAGAGCCGUGUCAGCGCUCGGCUGUGUAAAGGAUUCCUCAGCGGUCGCCUUUCCUUCCCUCCGUUUAGUUUUUAGUCGGUCGGUCGGUCAGCCCCAGAUGUGGAACAUUUGGAAACUUGGGUUAUUUUUAUCCGAUCCUUCCCAUAUUUGGACACUUUCUUGUGCUGCUGUGUGCCAGAGACUGCCCUCUCUGCGCCUCGGGGCCGGGUAAGGAGAGGAACACGGCGUGACUUAAAGACCAAAGAGCAGCUCAACCCUGAGAUCUACUCCUGAUUCUGCCAUGUUGGAUUUUAACGGCGUCGUUCCAGCUCUGGGAUUCAGCUGAUUUUAGGAAUCCUAUUUUAUACUUUUAAGGUUCUCAACUCAUUUAUCUUAUUUUCCAAAUGUUUCACACCGAAUAAAGGGAACCAGUCAGAAGUUUGAGCAGAGGAGUGUAAUUUAAAUAGGGAGCAUCACUGCUCAACAGAGGAAAGGGGCGUGGUUCUGCAUGGUCUCCUUAGGAACCACAGAGAUGUACGUGUGUACUGGGAUUUGACACGUGUACCGUCAUGUUACUGUACGUGUGUACUGUCAUGUGUCUGUACGUGUGUACUGUCAUCUGACUGUACGUGUUUACUGUCAUGUGUCUGUACGUGUGUACUCUCAUGUGACUACAUGUGUGUACUCUCAUGUGAUUGUACGUGUGUACUGCCAUGGGUUGUGUGUGUACUUUCACAUGUGUAGUGGUGGUGCGUUCUCACUACAGUACCUAGCCUGAAGACAGGCCUAUCAUGGAGUCACUGCUAGAGUCUACUUUAGUCUCCUCUCUAGAAGCUUCUGAAUGUGACGACUUUAUAAGUGUCAAAGGGCUUUAGGUAGAGCUGUAUACACGUUUUAGGAAAUGAGCCAACCGUUUGUUUAUGUGUGGGAAAAUUAAGGACUUUUGAACAAAUUUGAACAUAUGAAUGUUGAUUGGAAUUGUAGCAUUUUGCUUGUAGUUGUUGCUAAGUGACCAUUUUAAGGGCGAUAUCUUCACUUUAACGUGCUGGCUCGACAAACGAAACAGUAUUUUAUUUUUCUGACUUCAUGUCAUCCUGUAGUGUUGUGGCCAUAUUUGGACAUGCGUUGACUGUUGUUCCUAACUUAAACGGGACCAUGUAGGUCAUUCGUACUUUUAUUAUGUUGGUCUGCGUGUGAGGAUGACGUAUUCGGUACUUGGCAGGCGCUUUAUAACUGCACCAUGAAAGGUCAUUGUUGGUACUAUGUGAUGAUUAUGUGAGGCCAAACUAAAACUUUUUACAAUUUUAGAAGGACAUGUAUUUUAGCCCCCUCCCCCCCUCCCCUUCUCUCUGAGUUUUUCCUUUUAAUCAAAUGUUACACGUUAAUGUCAACAGCAAAAGCCAUUGACUUUUUAUAAGAAAUAAAUGUGUCGUCACUCGUCAGUAUUUUACUUUCAAUGACCAAAACAAGAGAAACCGAUUGGAUGCAGUUUUCGUCAUGUGUCGACCAAAACCUUUAAGAGUUUUGACAAAGGACCAAUCAUAUGUUCUAAUUUUUUGAAGUACAAUCCUGUCGUUGACCACACGUUGGACCGUUCUAGCCUUGGUUUACAAAACCGACAUCAAGACUUCCUGCUCUAGCAGCAUGACCAGGAGGCUUAGAAUAUGUGAUGUAAGAUGUUUUCUCGGUCCCUGUGUGUGAGGAUCCUUCAUGCAGAUGACUCUGGAAGCUUAGAACCUGUGAUUUUAGAUGUGUUCUCGGUUUCUGUGUCUGUAAGGAUCCUCCUUCAUGCAGAUUACUCUGGAAGCUUAGAAUCUGUGAUGAUAGAUCUGUUCUAGGUUCCUGUGUGUGUGUGUGAGGAUUCUUCAUGCAGAUGAAGCUCAGAGCCCGUUGCUUAGAUGUGUUCUUCUUAAUGUGUGUGUGUGAGGUUCACCUUCAGUGGUUUCAAACCAAAGUUCUCUUGAAUGAACCAGAGAUGGAUAAUCCUCAGUUAGCGACCGUCUAUUCAGAGAAGGCCGACAAUCUGACCCUGAUGACAGAUGGGUCGUGUUUCAUUUAAAAACACAAACGCAUUCAAAGCUAAUCAUCCAUCAGCAGAGUUUCAUUAAUAUGAUUCUCAUUCGCUUUCAAUAUCUUGAGUGUUGAUCUGCAUCCCGGUAGCAAACGUAACUCUGAUCCGGGCUGGUCAUCUGGAUCUCUACACCCUGAGGGGUUUGAACGUAACCUGAUAACCACAGCUGGUUAAACAUUGAGUGAGAGUGACAUGUGAGUGCAGGCUGUCCUGUCAUUAGGGAGGGCGGGGGGGGGGGGGGGUUGGGGGCGGGACUUAGCGCUGACAUCAAAUGGCCUUGUUUGUGUUGGUCUGCUGUCCCUCAGACAUGAGUUCAUAGGAAAAAAAGAGUGUCCUUCGUUCACUUUACUUUACUUUUAUGUUCUUCAGACUUGAGUUACAUUCAUUGUCUUAAGAUUUUUCCAUCUGUCACUUUCACAAUCAGUGAGACGAUACUGGAACCGAAGCGGGGAUAUACAUGUUGGCGUUGGAGAACUCUUUCAAUUCUGAAGUUGAAUUGUGUGAAAGGGUUCCAGCGGAACCACGGCUUACAUGCGAGGAACCACAGCUUCAAUGUGAGGAACCAGCCCCACUCAUUCCCUUUCUUUCGGUGGAUUGGUUGAAUGGAUCAGGUCUGAAGUUGCCAAUCGUACCGUUAACCAAAGGUAACACCGAUGGGAAUAUGCAACAUGUUGAGCGUCCAACACAGGAACACGCAGUGGGGAAUCAGACAGCCGGCAUGUGGCCUCAUUGAGUAAAAUGGGAUGGGUUGUUGUUUGUUUUUGAUAUGAUGAAAUGCUAGCAUUCCUUAAUCAUCUGUUACAGUGACUUCUAUAUCAUGGUCAUUUUUGCAUCCUGUAUGUAGAUGUCUAAUUAUUACGGUAUUAAAUAAUGUCAAUUCAUAAUCGGAGGAUGUGAUUACUGAAUGUCUCAACCUUUACCCUGACACUUCUGUCAUGGGAGAAUUUCCAUUUGUCUGAAUUAGUUUAUUUCUGUGACUGUCUAUAUGCUAUGCUUGCUCAUUUAUAGCUCAUUAAAGAUGGAUGACAGGGUUUUAUUGAGUUA